AUGGCUUUGAUUGUGGAUCAACAAUCAAACUUCAAACACUUCUGUAAAAUUUGCAAAAAAGGAUUUGGUUGUGGAAGAGCUUUAGGAGGACACAUGAGGGCUCAUGGAAUAGGAGAUGAAUCAGGUCACAUGGAUGAUGAUGACCCAGCAAGUGAUUGGGAAGAUAGGCUUGGUGGAAAUGUUCCACCAAGCAACAAGCGCAUGUAUGCUCUUAGAACAAACCCUAAUAGGUUAAAGAGUUGUAGGGUGUGUGAAAAUUGUGGCAAGGAGUUUUUGUCUUGGAAAUCUUUUCUUGAGCACGGUAAAUGCACCUCCGAGGACGCAGAGUCCCUCGUAUCCUCUCCAGGGUCCGAUGCUGCUGAUGAUGGCAUCGGACCUACCAGAAGAGGAUGCGGGUGGUCCAAAAGAAAGAGGUCGUUAAGAGCAAAAGUGGGUAGCUUCAAUUACAAUUGCCCCUCAAGCGAAGAGGAAGACCUAGCGAAUUGCUUAAUGAUGUUGUCCAAUGCGAUUGUGGACCCUCUGACGUCGGCCGUGGCCGAGCCGGAGGAGUCUUGCGCCUCGGCGAGCAGAGACGAGGAGCAAAGAAGAAACCCUAUGAACUUUGUUGCACCAUUCUCUUCUUAUAAAGUUCCAAACAACGAUAACAACAAUAACAAUAACAACAAGGCGAAAGGUGUUGCUAAGGGCUUGUUUGAAUGCAAAGCGUGCAAGAAGGUUUUCAACUCGCACCAAGCGUUGGGUGGCCACAGAGCUAGCCACAAGAAGGUUAAGGGCUGCUUUGCGGCGAGGCUGGACAAUCUCGACGACAGCCUCGCCGACGAUGACGUCAUGACACACGAAGAAUUCUUCCCUACAAAAUCAAACUCAACAUUCCAAUUUGAUCAAAACCCUCACCAUAACUCAGCCACAUUGGCCUCAUCAUCAAAGAGGAAAUCAAAGGUUCAUGAAUGCUCCAUUUGCCAUAGAAGCUUCUCCUCAGGACAAGCAUUGGGAGGCCACAAAAGGUGCCAUUGGAUCACAUCAAAUGCACCGGACACUUCCACAUUGGCUAGGUUUCAACAAUUUCAGGAACAUUUGGAUCAAAUACCAAAGUUUGAUGGAUCUUCUGAGCCUCUUGAUCUCAAACUUGACCUCAACCUUCCUGCACCAACCAAUGAUCUUUCUAGAAGGAAUAACAAUGUUAAUGUUUCCACAGAAAUCUUCUUGCAGCCAUGGGUAGGAAGAGCAGGAGGAGGAACCGCCACAAAGGAAAACAAUACAAACAUGAAAGAUGAUAGCAACAAUAAUAACAACAAUAGCCAGAGUCAAAUUAGUCACCAGCACCCCACCAACCAUAACCAAAUUGAUCAUAAUGAAAAUGUUGGUGUUGACGGGGACAAGAAUAAUAGUAACCCCAACAACAACAACAACAACAACAAUAACAAUGAUUUGAUGCAAAGUGUGGAUAAUGAAGCUGAUAGUAAGAUCAAGCUAGCAAAACUUAGUGAGCUAAAGGACAUGAACAUUGGUGGCACUUCUUCACCAUGGCUGCAGGUUGGAAUUGGUUCAACAACUGCUGAUGUUGGCACCGAUCAGUAA